AAAUUCUAAUAAAUUAAUGAUUCGACGUAAUUAUUUUGUUACCAAAUAAAUGGGUUUGAUUGUAUUGUGCCAGUCCAAUAAUCGAAAACCCAUAUCUGUUUUAAACGGUUUAUUGGAAAGAAAUCGAUAUUACUAUUUUACCCUUUUAAGCCGAUUUAUUGCCUUUUGCGCAGAAGCAUUUCAAAAUCCACAAAAGGAAAAACAGCAACUGCCGCUCUUUCUCCGUUACGUUUUUUCACCCUCUGCAAAUCGGAUCGCCACUACUAAUUCAUCAUCAUCUUCUUCUUCUUCUCUUCAACUAUUAGGGUUUUGAAAAGUUUCAACAUCAAAGUUAGAACUUUCCCAAUUAAUCCGGUGUAUAUUGCCAUGUCUUCCUCCAAGAAGGGUUCCGAUCGGAAUCAAAUCAGGAAAUCGUUGAGGAAGUUGAAAAAGCAGAUUGGGGAAUUGGAGAAACUUGAAUCUCCUCCGGAGCCGUUGAAUAAAGGGAAGCCUAUCUUCAUCAAGCGCAAUAUAUACUUGAAGAAGAAAUUCAAAAAGAGAGUUAAAGAUCAUGGCAUAUUCUGUUCUUGCUCCUUGGAUCCUGGCUCUUCAACUAUUUGUGGCAGUGAUUGCAAUUGUGGGAUUCUACUCUCAAGCUGUUCUUCUAGUUGCAAAUGCAGUAGUGAAUGCACCAACAAGCCGUUCCAACAACGACAUAUCAAGAAGAUGAAGUUAGUUCAGACAGAGAAAUGUGGAUAUGGGAUUGUAGCAGAUGAAGAUAUCAAUUCAGGAGAGUUUAUCAUUGAAUAUGUUGGGGAAGUUAUUGACGAAAAGAUUUGUGAAGAAAGGCUUUGGAAGCUGAAUCAUAAGGUCGAGAAAAAUUUCUAUUUGUGUCAGAUUAACUGGAACAUGGUGAUUGAUGCCACUCAUAAGGGUAAUAAAUCAAGAUACAUCAAUCACAGCUGCAACCCUAAUACAGAGAUGCAGAAAUGGAUAAUUGAUGGAGAGACAAGAAUCGGCAUAUUUGCUACCCGUUUCAUAAACAAAGGCGAGCAGUUGACAUACGAUUACCAGUUUGUUCAGUUUGGUGCAGAUCAAGAUUGCUACUGUGGUGCAGUGUGUUGCAGAAAAAAGCUAGGUGCAAAACCUUGCAAAACUAAGAGGACAACCUCGGAAGAAGCUGUGAAACCAGUGGCAUGUAAAGUAACAUGGAAAACGCCCAAGGGAACUCGAGGGAGACGCAUUGCCGGAAAAGCUUGGAACAACAUUAGCCAGAGGAAAAUAUGUUGCCGGGAUUGCAUUGGUGCGGUGAUCUGGUUAGCACGUCCUAUGAACCAGAAGUAUAACUAUCUUUCUUUUUCCUCGAUCUGCCAAUUUCUUCCACAUCUAAGAACAAUAUUCCAAGCUGUUGUCAUUAAGGGGCAGUUUUUGACAGUAGUAGUUGACAUUUUCAGGUGUUUUGGAAUCAUUACACAAUAUGAUGAGUUUUCAAGAAAGCACUUGGUCAUGUAUGAGGAUGGUGUUACCGAGAUUAUCGACAUGUGCAGAGAAGUUUGGAUGAUUGUAACUGCUUGAUAUUGCUCCACAGUCUGAUUACAUUCCCUAUAUAUAUGAUUACACUUGAAAUGAUGAUCUCUUGUAGUAACCAACCAAACCGUGUCGGUUGGUAGGUAGUUUUAGACAUUAUUGUUGUAUGUAUCCAACUCGAAUCAGUAGUUCAGUGCAUUGUAUGUGGAA